CUUAUAUUUACGUAGACCUGUGGUGACUGGUAGUUGGCCAAGCAUUGUUGUGGAGGAAGGACGUUGGUUUGGCAGAGUCCUCGUCGUCGUCGUCGUCGUAUGUAGCAGCAGUAGAAAGUGGCCGAACACAUUUUCACUCCUAUUAAGAAGACGAAUAAAUUAACAAAUUAUUAUGCAUCCCUAGCACUACUGACUGCAUCUUAUUCGCCCAAUAACAACUAUAACAAGUUUAUCAAUAACGAACUGCAGCUGCCAAAUCAUCAAACUUGUUACAUAUAUUUACUGCAUGCGUUUAUGCACACUUCCAACAACUGGAGAACGUCCAGUCCAGGGCACCGUGUAAAGUGAAAGUGAUACCGGAAGUGGUCGAAACCGUGUGUGAACGGAGGGGUGUUUUUUUCGGGAAUUUGUUAGUGUUUAAUGUUGUAAUUAUUAAUGACAAGAACUUCAUGUCGGAGGUGAAUACGUGUUUGUUUGCAUGAUAAAAAUAAAUGAAAAUGGGCUGGAUAACUACUGCUUCGAUGAGACUGAGUAACUCGAUCGUUCCAGUUUUAGGAAUUCAAUUCCUUCUCUUGAGCAGCUUGAUAAAUUUUAAUCACAAUGUUUCGUGUGCCCCGUCGCUGAAAUUGUUUGGCAUCCAACGCACACAAGGCAAAGAUCAUGUUCCUCCUGCGAACGGUCACCUCCAAGCCAGCAAGUAUUUAAUUGGAUCAAAUUCAAAUGCGAGUUCGAAUCAUUCAAAUGGGAAUUCUGGAGAGUCGCAAGAGUACACGAGGCAUUUGAGAAAAGUUUUGCAGGAAGAUAAGUUCCGAGGUCUUGCUGAGCUUCUCAAAAAGCCGACAGAUCAAUGCCAAGAUUGUACAUGUGGCCUGAGCUACCGAGAGGAAAGAAUUGUGGGUGGGACGGUGGCCGAAAUAAAUUCUUACCCUUGGCUGGCAGCCCUCAUGUAUAAGACAAAGUUCUACUGUGGAGCCACGCUCAUCAGUGACAGAUAUGUCCUCACUGCGGCUCACUGCGUCCACGGUGUUCCCAAAGACCAAAUCACGAUCGUGUUUGGCGAACAUGACAGAAACUUUACGGACGAAUCGGACACACAGUACAGGAAAAUCGGGACCAUUAUCCGACAUCCUGGCUUCAAUCGGGCCAAUUUUCAUCACGAUAUUGCACUGUUGCGACUGGAUAAACCGUUUCGCUUCAGUAAAUCUAUAGCACCAGCGUGUCUCCCGGUAGAUUUGGAAGAUGAAGACUUUGCCGAAGAAAGGGGGACAGUUGCUGGAUGGGGGCGAACGCAGGAGAAGGGGAGACCCUCCCACAUUCUGCGCGAGGUCGAAGUUCCUAUAAUGACUAACGAGGAAUGCAAAGUUUCUACAAACUAUCAAGCCAAGGAAAUUACAGAUACGAUGAUGUGCGCUGGAUAUCCGGACGGGAAGCUGGAUGCGUGUCAAGGAGAUUCAGGUGGCCCCUUAAAUUGGGAAGACUUGCGAGAGGAUAGCAGCACUGAGGGGACAAAGUAUGUGAUUGGCAUUGUAAGCUGGGGUCAGGGCUGUGCAAGGUCAAAUUAUCCCGGGGUGUAUACUCGAAUCACAAAGUACAUGGAAUUCAUUAGAAAGAACACGCUGGACUCCUGUUACUGCCAUAAUCCGUAGUUAUCUAAAGAUAAGGACGGAUUGUGACGUUAGCAUGAAGUUUUAAUUUACUACAAUGAAGUAGUUAAAAGUAAAACCUUGUGAGAUUCAGCUACUUCCAUAUUUACUCCACGCCUUGUAUGAAAACGAUCUCAUGUCAUGCAACUUACAAUAUUAUUUCUACUAUUUGAGGAGAUGGUUUUAAUUAUGAAAUCCGAUUCAAGUUUCCAAUAAAAUGCCAUAAAGACUUUACAGCCUUCUCCUCAUAUAAGUAAUAAACUAGCCCUAGUCAA